CUAAUGUGCCGGUCACCGCGCGUAGACGUGGAGAACUCGAGUCGACUCCUCACGCAAAUCUUUCAUUCCUCAUUCAUUCGUCAAAAAGUGUGAAUUUUUGAGUCCGGGUUCGCCGCGAGUACUUCAUAAGAGAAACGAAAAAAAAACUAACAAAAACCAAAACCCAAUUUUCCAUGAAAGGGAUAAAGUUUAGUGCCGAACGUCGUACCCACGCAUGGAUUGUUGGGAUUUAGCCGUCCGCCCGUGAUUCUCAGUUUAAUUCACAAGGUGGCGGCCAUCGAUUCAGAGAAAUGGUCAUCGUCACGCGGGGGGAUUACAUAUGGAUAGAGCCGGUAUCUGGAAGAGAAUUCGACGUGGCUAUAGGAGCUCGCGUCGUUUCCGCGGAAGGGAGACGCAUUCAAGUUAAAGACGACGAUAACAAGGAACAAUGGCUGACCCCAGAAAGAAGAAUAAAGGCGAUGCAUGCCACCUCGGUUCAGGGUGUAGAGGACAUGAUCAGCCUUGGAGAUCUUCACGAAGCUGGAAUACUCCGAAAUCUUUUGAUACGAUACAACGAGAAUCUCAUUUACACUUACACCGGUUCAAUACUAGUAGCCGUAAACCCUUACCAAAUAUUACCGAUUUACACGGCAGAGCAAAUCAAAUUGUACAAAGAUCGAAAAAUUGGAGAACUUCCACCUCACAUAUUUGCUAUUGGAGACAACAGCUACGCCCACAUGAAACGUUACGGUCAAGAUCAGUGCAUCGUGAUAAGUGGCGAGAGCGGCGCUGGAAAAACGGAAAGCACGAAAUUGAUACUUCAAUAUCUUGCUGCUAUCAGCGGCAAACAUUCUUGGAUCGAACAGCAAAUUUUAGAAGCUAAUCCCAUCCUAGAAGCUUUUGGCAACGCAAAGACUGUAAGAAAUGAUAAUUCUUCGAGGUUUGGAAAAUACAUCGACAUUCAUUUCAACGAGGUCGGAGUAAUCGAAGGCGCAAAAAUCGAGCAAUAUCUAUUGGAAAAAUCAAGAAUAGUGUCCCAAAGCACCGACGAAAGAAACUACCACAUAUUCUACUGCAUUCUAGCAGGUCUGUCGCGGGAAGAAAAGCAAAAACUUGAAUUAGAAGAUGCUUCGACUUACAAAUAUCUAACAGGGGGUGGGAGUAUAACUUGCGAGGGAAGGGACGAUGCUGCCGAAUUUGCGGACAUCAGAUCAGCGAUGAAAGUCCUUUUAUUCAGUGACUCAGAAAUCUGGGAGAUACUAAAACUGCUCGCAGCUUUGCUCCACACCGGGAACAUCAAGUACAAAGCGACGGUCGUUGAUAAUCUCGACGCAACUGAAAUACCUGAACAAACGAACGUUCAAAGAGUGGCGAGUCUUCUCGGAGUCCCUGUCCAGCCAUUAAUCGCCGCUUUAACCCGUAGAACGAUAUUUGCACACGGAGAGACAGUAGUUUCGACGUUGUCGAGAGAUCAGUCGGUGGACAUUAGAGAUGCUUUUGUCAAGGGUAUAUACGGUAGAUUGUUCGUAUUGAUUGUAAAAAAAAUUAACGAAGCUAUUUACCGGCCAAAAAAUAUGGCUAGAAGUGCAAUUGGUGUACUUGAUAUAUUUGGAUUUGAAAAUUUCAACCAUAAUAGUUUUGAACAAUUUUGUAUAAACUAUGCGAAUGAAAAUCUUCAGCAAUUUUUUGUUCAGCAUAUAUUCAAGCUUGAACAAGAGGAAUAUAACCACGAAGGAAUAAACUGGCAGCAUAUCGAAUUCGUCGACAACCAAGACGCUCUCGAUCUGAUUGCUAUUAAACAGCUUAACAUAAUGGCGUUGAUCGAUGAGGAAUCCAAAUUUCCAAAAGGUACCGAUCAGACCAUGCUCGCAAAAAUCCAUAAAACUCAUGGGAACCAUCGUAACUAUUUGAAACCUAAAUCUGACAUAAACACAUCAUUUGGUUUAAAUCACUUCGCUGGGGUCGUAUUUUACGACACCAGAGGAUUCUUGGAAAAAAAUAGAGACACUUUCAGUGCGGAUCUACUUCAAUUGAUUCAUAUCUCUACGAACAAGUUUCUCCAAGUUUGCUUCGCAGAAGACAUCGGAAUGGGAUCGGAGACUCGGAAAAGAGCACCGACUCUAUCCACCCAAUUUAAAAAAUCUCUGGACGCACUUAUGAAAACCCUAUCGAAUUGCCAGCCAUUUUUUAUCAGGUGCAUCAAGCCUAACGAAUACAAAAAGCCUAUGAUGUUUGACCGCGGACUUUGCUGCCGUCAACUCCGCUAUUCCGGUAUGAUGGAAACAAUAAGAAUCCGAAGAGCUGGCUACCCCAUCAGACAUUCCUUCAACGAGUUUGUCGAACGGUAUAGAUUUCUGAUCACGGGAAUCCCUCCUUCGCACAAGACCGAGUGCCGAACAGCAACCGCAAGGAUUUGUCAAGCGGUAUUGGGAAGAUCGGACUACCAAUUAGGACACACAAAAGUGUUUUUAAAAGACGCUCAUGACUUGUUUUUAGAACAGGAGCGUGACCGAGUAUUGACACGCAAAAUACUAAUUCUGCAGCGAAAUAUUCGUGGUUGGGUUUAUCGCAGACGAUUUUUACGAAUGCGUGCCGCAGCCAUCGGUGUCCAAAAAUAUUGGAGAGGAUAUGCCCAGAGGCAAAGAUACAAGCGAAUGUGUAUCGGGUACAUGCGACUUCAGGCGUUGAUCAGGUCGAGAGUUUUAUCGCACAGAUUCAGGCAUUUGAGAGGACACAUAGUUGGGCUUCAAGCUCACGCGAGGGGACACCUUAUCCGCAGAAUGUAUAAGAAAAAAAUGUGGGCAAUAGUUAAAAUCCAAGCACAUGUGCGAAGGAUGAUAGCGCAAAGGAGGUUUAAGAAGUUGAAGUACGACUAUAGACAUCACAUCGAAGUUUUGAGACUCAGGAAAAUAGAAGAAAAGGAACUCAAAGAUCAAGGGAACAAAAGAGCGAAGGAAAUUGCGGAGCAAAAUUAUAGGAAAAGAAUGCAAGACCUUGAAAGAAAGGAAAUUGAAAUGGAGAUAGAAGACAGACGCAGGAUGGAAAUAAAGAAAAACCUGAUUAAUGAUGCUGCUAAAAAGCAAGACGAGCCCGUUGACGACAGCAAACUAGUUGAAGCCAUGUUCGAUUUCCUUCCAGACUCCAGUAGCGAAGCUCCUACUCCUGCCAGGGAAACUUCUGUGUUCAACGAUUUACCAGCGGCAAUAGCUGAUCAGCACGAGAUUAUCAGUCCUAUGCAGAUGCCAUCCGAAGAUGAGGAGGACCUCUCAGAGUACAAAUUCCAGAAAUUUGCGGCCACUUAUUUUCAAGGCAAUAUCACUCAUCAAUAUUCCAGAAAACCAUUGAAGCAUCCUCUACUACCACUCCACACUCAAGGAGAUCAGCUGGCUGCUCAAGCUUUGUGGAUAACAAUUUUACGGUUCACCGGAGACCUCCCUGAGCCCAGAUAUCACACAAUGGAUAGGGACAACACAUCGGUGAUGUCCAAAGUGACCGCAACUUUAGGGCGCAAUUUUAUACGCAGUAAAGAGUUCCAGGAGGCUCAAAUGAUGGGAAUGGAUCCCGAAACAUUCCUCAAGCAAAAACCUCGUUCUAUUCGUCACAAGUUGGUGUCCUUGACUUUGAAACGUAAAAAUAAGCUCGGCGAAGACGUACGUCGCCGGUUACAAGACGACGAGUACACAGCUGAUAGUUAUCAGUCGUGGUUGGAAGCUCGGCCGACCUCGAAUUUAGAAAAACUCCAUUUCAUAAUCGGACAUGGGAUACUCAGGGCUGAGUUACGGGACGAAAUCUACUGCCAAAUUUGCAAACAGCUUUCCAACAAUCCCUCGAAGUCAUCUCACGCUAGAGGUUGGAUCCUGCUUUCUUUAUGCGUCGGUUGUUUCGCACCAUCUGAAAAGUUCGUCAGCUAUCUUCGCGCUUUCAUCAGAGAAGGUCCUCCAGGGUACGCGCCAUACUGCGAGGACAGGUUAAAACGAACUUUUAACAAUGGAACUAGAAAUCAACCACCCAGCUGGCUGGAACUACAGGCAACGAAAUCAAAAAAACCGAUUAUGCUUCCCAUUACUUUCAUGGACGGAAAUACUAAAACUUUACUGGCGGAUUCCGCUACCACGGCUAGAGAACUUUGCAAUCAACUUUCUGAUAAAAUAUCGUUGAGAGAUCAAUUCGGAUUCUCGCUCUACAUCGCUCUUUUCGACAAAGUAUCUUCGCUGGGAAGUGGAGGUGAUCACGUAAUGGACGCGAUAUCCCAAUGCGAACAGUACGCGAAAGAGCAAGGAGCCCAGGAAAGAAACGCUCCUUGGAGACUGUUUUUCAGAAAAGAAAUCUUUGCACCGUGGCACGAACCUACCGAAGAUCAAGUAGCGACAAAUUUAAUAUAUCAGCAAGUUGUCAGGGGUGUAAAAUUUGGGGAAUAUAGGUGCGACAAAGAAGAAGACUUAGCUAUGAUCGCCGCUCAGCAAUAUUACAUUGAAUAUUUCACGGACAUGAAUCUAGACAGGCUUUUCACGCUCUUGAAAAAUUAUAUUCCGGACUACUGCCUCACAGGAAUCGACAAGGUUAUCGACAGGUGGGGUCACCUUGUCGUUCAGGCCUACAAAAAGAGUUAUUACCUGAAGGAAAAGGUUCCCGCACUUCGAGUAAAGGAGGACGUCGUCAGCUACGCCAAAUUUAAGUGGCCAUUACUAUUCUCUAGAUUUUACGAGGCAUAUAGAAAUUCGGGACCGAAUUUGCCUAAAAAUGAUGUUAUAAUAGCGGUGAACUGGACCGGUGUUUACGUUGUUGAUGAUCAAGAACAAGUGCUUCUGGAGUUAUCCUUUCCUGAAAUCACCACCGUAUCUAGUCAAAAAACAAACAAGGUCUUUACACAGACGUUUAGUUUGUCGACGGUGCGAGGCGAAGAAUUUACAUUCCAGAGUCCGAACGCUGAGGACAUACGUGACCUUGUCGUUUACUUCUUAGAAGGUUUAAAAAAACGUAGCAAAUACGUUAUAGCGCUACAGGACUACAAAGCACCUGGAGACGCAUCUUCUUUUCUUAGUUUUCAAAAAGGGGAUCUCAUCAUACUCGAAGAAGAUAGUACAGGAGAAACGGUACUCAAUUCAGGAUGGUGCAUCGGAUGCUGUGAGAGAACAUCGGACAAAGGCGACUUUCCUGCUGAAACCGUUUACGUUCUGCCGUCGUUAACCAAACCACCAAAUGAUAUUCUAGCGUUGUUCAGCAUUGAAGGGGCAGAACAUGGACGACGUUUAUAUCCACAACAGAUAAAUGGAGUAGAAUCCCGAGAUAAACCACACACUCUAGCAGAUUACGCGAUAGACCAUUUCAGGACACCUCCUAAGAGAACUAUGUCGAAGGCCUUGACCUUGACGACAGCACGUCGCGGAAAUUUUGACGAACUUUGGCGGCAUUCGAGGGAUCCAAUAAAGCAGCCGUUAUUGAAGAAGUUGAUUUCUAAGGAAGAACUUGCUGAAGAAGCUUGCUUUGCUUUCAAUGCUAUCUUGAAAUAUAUGGGUGACCUACCUACCAAAAGACCUCGAGUGGGAAACGAAUAUACCGAUCAUAUAUUCGACGGCCCAUUAAAAAAUGAGAUACUUAGAGAUGAAAUAUACUGUCAAAUCAUGAAACAGCUCACUGACAAUCGAAAUAGACUCAGCGAAGAACGCGGUUGGGAGCUCAUGUGGCUUGCUACGGGUUUGUUCACCUGUAGUCAGAGCCUUCUCAAGGAACUAACGCUAUUUCUUCGCACAAGACGACACCCCAUAUCCCAGGAUUCCUUGCAAAGACUGCAAAAAACACUUAGAAAUGGUCAGAGAAAGUAUCCACCUCAUCAAGUCGAAGUAGAGGCCAUCCAACAUAAAACAACGCAAAUAUUCCACAAGGUUUACUUUCCGGAUGAUAACGACGAGGCUUUCGAAGUAGAUUCGUCGACCAGGGCCAAAGACUUUUGUCAAAAUAUUGCGCAGAGAUUGAAUCUCCGGUCCGGUGAAGGUUUUAGCUUAUUUGUCAAAAUAGCGGACAAAGUAAUUUCUGUGCCAGAAGGUGACUUUUUCUUCGAUUUUGUCAGACAUUUGACUGACUGGAUAAAAAAAGCAAGACCGUCUAGAGAUGGUGUAUCUCCUCAAUUCACUUACCAAGUAUUCUUUAUGAAAAAAUUGUGGACUAAUACGGUUCCUGGUAAAGAUAGGAACGCAGAUCUUAGAUUCCAUUUUCAUCAGGAACUACCAAAGCUGUUGAGAGGAUAUCACAAAUGCACCAAAGAGGAAGCGUCAAGACUCGCAGCUCUGGUCUACAGAGUAAGAUUCGGAGAAAGUAAACAGGAUUUACAAACAAUACCGCAAAUGCUCCGGGAAUUGGUACCAGCGGAUUUGAUAAAAAUUCAAAGUUCCAACGAUUGGAAACGAUCAAUCGUCGGUUCUUACAAUCAGGAUGCAGGAAUGAGCCCAGAAGAUGCGAAAAUAACAUUUCUCAAGAUUGUUUACCGAUGGCCAACGUUCGGCUCAGCAUUUUUUGAAGUCAAACAAAGCACCGAACCAAAUUAUCCAGAAAUGCUCUUAAUAGCUAUUAACAAGCAUGGUGUGAGCUUGAUACACCCUCAGACAAAGGAUAUUUUGGUAACGCAUCCUUUCACGAGAAUCUCAAACUGGUCAUCGGGGAACACGUAUUUUCACAUGACAAUCGGUAAUCUGGUUCGAGGUUCGAAGUUACUGUGUGAAACCUCUCUCGGUUACAAAAUGGACGACCUAUUGACCUCCUACAUCUCAUUAAUGCUUACAAAUAUGAAUAAGCAACGUACAAUUAGAAUAAAAUAAUAUCGAACAGGCUGUUGAAAACAUAUAAUAAUAUAGCCCAAGGCACGCGCGAAUUUUAUACCGCAAAGAUUGCAACUGCGAAUUUUAUGUGAACUAUAGAUAUUUUUUAUUAAAUCUGUUAUUGUUGCUCAGAAGAAAAAAGUUAAAUCUUCACAUUAUUUCUCAUCUUCGAAACAAAGUGCGCAUUCAGAACCCGGUCUAAUAUUUACUAUUUUUCUUAUCAUCGAUUAAAUAGUGCAAUUUAAUUUUUGCAUCACAUCUUUGUUUGUCUGAUCGUUUGUUACAUGAAGGUUCCAAAAUCUAUUUUAGACGAAUUUCGAAUUACAAUGAAAAUAUCAUAUAACAUAUAAACACAUAAAUAGACAAACACACAAAAAUGAAUUCGUCCACGUGAACGUAAAUGAUCAAGAAAAAUUCCACCUGUAAACAUCAAAAGAAUAUUCCCAUAGUACCUUCGAUUAUUCGAGUAUAAUUUUAGAUUUUUUGUGAAUAAUAAUUCCCAUUGACGACAGUUCAUAUUUAGCCGAAAACGCGAUAGGUAUUCGGUGAAAUUUCUACUACGAAAUAUGGUUUCCCCGGUCAAAAAUGCAAAAGAUCGCCAAUUUUCAGGGUGGACAAGUGAAAACUCUUGGAACUAUAGAUAUUUUACCGAAAAAUUGUAUUUCUGUUUUGUCACAUCGAAUUUGAGAUUUCUUUACAAAAUUACAUUUAAGUUCAUCUGAAAUGGCAGCAUCCAGUUUUGGCGAAUUUUUCCACUUAAAAUGGCCAACAAGGCCUAUUGCAGGUCAUGAACGGUUAAGACCAUAAUUUUUUCAAGAAGGAUGGGAAAUUUCCUUGAAAAGGCAUGCCGAAUUUGUUAUUUUUCAUUUUUGCUUCGUUGUCACGUAAUUUAGAAUUGAGAAAACGCGAUUCAAGGGAAAAACACGUUUUUGGCUAACUAGGAACUGCUGCUAUAUCGGAAUUAUUAUUGUAAAAAAUCUCAAAUUUUACACAAAUACCCCAAGGUACUGAGGGAACAAAUUUAGAAAAUUUUUUUAUUUUGGCCAUUCGCAUUUCAUGUGGACGGACCCAUAUACAGGGUGGGGUAUUGAAACCAAUCCGGGUCAUUUCCUCCCAAACGAAGCAAGAUAUAGCAAAAUGUUCCCAACAAUUGUUUCACAGUUUCGAGGGGGACACAAGAAAGUGUUUUUCAUUUUUUCCGAAAGUUGACGUAACAAGGUCGUUGAAGGUCAACUAUGUUUUUUCAAACGUGAUUGUGCAUUUUUACUUGCAUACAUCGAAAUGGUACUCCUAUUUGAAAAAACCACGUUGACCUUCAACGACCUUGUCACGUCAACUUUCGGAAAAAAUGAAACACACUUUCUUGUGCCCCCCUUGAAACCGUGAAACUAUUGUUGAGAAAUUUUUUCCAUAUCUCGCUUCGUUUGGGUGAAAAAGACGGACCGUGCGGUUCGGGUAAACCGGAUCGAAACCGAACCGAAUAUCUUAAUAUGCGACUCGGUAGCACAUUCGGGUAGCGAAACCGUCCAAUGUGUGAUCAGAAAUACAAAAACUCAGCCUGGAUCACCAAAUUUGGUAGUAAAUGUGAUCGUGUACAGUUGGAAUUAUCCAUUGCUAUUGUGAAAUGAGCCUCCACUUACCUUGCGAAUCGAUCGAGUAGUGACUGAAUUCGUUGGUAGUGACGCCGCCGAGUCCUUUCGUGUGGUAGGAACCGCACUUUUGGCGCCCCCGAGUCGAAAAUCGCCGUACCAAACGGUACGAGAGUUACGGAACGUAUACAUGAGAGUAGACAUGUAAUAAUGUGCAAAGAAUUUGUCUUAAAAAGCCUAUGUACAAUUGUAACAAAUGAUAUUUCUUUGUUUGAACAUCUUUUUCUUUAGUUCUGGGGAAGCAUCUAUAAAGUAAUAAUGAAACUAAGAAAUAUUGUAUAUAGCGGUGAAUAGUACGAAUUGGGUAAAUUAUAAGAUAUAUGUAUAUUGUGCAGGUAUGCACACAAAUUCUACAUAUAAACUGAAUAUAGCCAUGGUGUAGAAGUCUUCCGCAAAAUUGUAUUUUACUAACGGUUUCAUAAAAUAUUUUGAUUAUUU